UUUAGACUAACAGUGUGCUCCAUCCUUGGUCACUGAUCAGAACGUAAUUCCAGAAACAAUGCUUACUAUAUCACUGAUAUGGGGAUUGGUGGUCGCACUAUGUUGUUUUUUCUGGCUUAUCGUUGGCAUCCGAAGACGACAUCCUGGAGAGCCACCUCUGGAGAAUGGUCUAAUUCCAUAUCUCGGAUGUGCCUUGCAAUUUGGUGCUAAUCCUCUCGAAUUUCUCAGAUCGAGACAAACCAAAUAUGGGCAUAUCUUUACCUGCAAGAUUGCUGGAAAGUUUGUUCAUUUUGUCACGGACCCUUUCUCCUUCAACUCAGUGAUGCGUUCCGGAAAACAUUUCGAUUGGCAGAAAUUUCACUAUGCAACCUCAGCCAAGGCGUUUGGCCACAGCAGCAUAGAUCCCACAGAUGGCAAGACAACAGAAAAUGUUCAUGAAACCUUUAUGAGAACUCUUCAAGGUGAUGCACUAGACCCUCUCAUUGCAUCCAUGAUGGAAAAUCUUCAACACACCAUGUUACAACCCAACACAUUUAAAGUAACCAACAAAGACUGGGUAACCGAUGGCCUCUAUGCAUUCUGCUACCGUGUGAUGUUUGAGUCUGGUUACUUAACACUCUUUGGGAAUGAGUUCAAUUCAAAAGAAGAUCCAAAUAUUGCAAGACAGGAAGCACAGAGGGCACUUAUACUCAAUGCAUUAGAAAAUUUUAAGGAGUUUGACAAAAUAUUCCCUGCGCUGGUAGCUGGUCUUCCAAUUCAUGUGUUCAAAACUGCCCACAGUGCGAGAGAGAACCUAGCCAAAGACUUGAUGCAUGAGAACUUGAGAAAGAGGAAUAAUAUUUCUGACCUUAUAACUCUCAGAAUGUUUUUAAAUGACACGCUCUCCACUUUAAGUGACAUGGACAAAGCAAAGACACACUUGGCUGUCCUCUGGGCUUCUCAAGCAAACACACUACCUGCCACGUUCUGGAGUGUAUUCCACCUUCUUAGGUGCCCAAGAGCAAUGAAAGCUGCUAGUGAAGAAGUUCAUCAAGUUUUAGAGAAGGCAUCUCAGAAAAUCGGCUUUGAUGGAAAAUACAUAUUCCUCAACCGUCAACAGCUUGAUGAAAUGCCUGUUCUAGAUAGCAUAAUUAAAGAAUCGAUGAGGCUUUCCAGUGCAUCCCUUAAUAUCAGAGUUGCUAAGGAAAACUUUGCUCUACAACUUGACAACAACGAGUCUUACACCAUCCGAAAAGAUGAUAUUGUAGCACUUUACCCACAGACAAUACAUCUGGACCCCGAAGUUUAUGAAGACCCUCUGACUUUCAAAUAUGAUCGUUACCUGGAUGAAAAUCUAAAGCCAAAGACCAACUUUUACCUAAAAGGCCGAAAAUUAAAAUACUAUUAUUUGCCCUUUGGAUCAGGAAAAACCAAGUGCCCAGGGCGACAGUUUGCUGUUCAUGAGAUUAAACAAUUACUGACUCUGUUGAUUUCAUACUUCGAUAUAGAAAUCGUAGACAAAAAUACAAAAAUUCCACCUUUAGAUCAAUCCCGUGCAGGGCUAGGGAUAUUACAGCCAACGCAUGAUGUAGAUUUCAGAUACAAGUUAAAAGCAUAGCCACCAUGGUUUGCAGAAAUGUAAAUAUACCAGGAUUAAAACUGUUCACUAACUCUUAUAGACUCAGGGGCUUUAAUAAGUAUGGAGAACACAAGAAAGAGCGAAGCACACACCAGAAUAAGCAGAUAAUAGAAUGCUCUGUUCAAAAACCCAAAAGAUAGACAAAAUAUAUAGUGAGAUCAAUGUCUUCCAUACAAAGCAAACAACAAAAUGAAACGCGUAUCUGAGAUCCAAAUAUUUAUGCAAUGUAUAGUUUUCAAAGAUAUAUAAAUAAGAAGUUGAUUCCUAUAUUUAAGAACGAUGUACUGCAUCCAUCCAUUGAUGCCAUCUUGUUAGACUGCAGUUCAGUUGACUCAGCAUUACAAAGCGAGUAACAUAUAAUUUUGAAAAUGUAUUAGAACAUGAAUUGAGUUGUGGCAAUUUGAAAACACGACUCAUGUAUUAAGGACAAAAUUAUUGUCUAGAGAAAAAAAAUCCAGUCCACUUGCGCUGAAGAAUUUUGUUUUUUUCAGUUUUCUCAAAAUUAAGUUAUUGCCAGCUCUAUUCAGUUAAUUUUGUAGUGUGCAAGGCCUAAUUUGUUAAUAUUUGGAGGCAAUUCUCUCCAAGAGGGAUCUAAAAAUUCUACAAAAUAAAUAAAUAAAUAUGCGUUUGUGCACUUUACAGCUUACAAAUAGCCAACUUAACUACAUUAGCCAUUCUGCUUUCGA